AUGGAAGGGAAGAAUCUGAUCGACCCCAUUGAUCGGGUGAACAAUCAAUAUGUUCUUUCACUGGCACUGGCCCAGUAUAUUGCAUAUCUGGGUCCUCCACCGCUGGAGAUGAUUCGCAAAAGCCCACUGUUUUCAACCUAUUUUGAUGAGCAGGGCAACUGGGCGUCCGAGCCUCCCAUACCCAAAACCUCUUUCGAGGACUUCGCCACCACAAUCCCACCCGGAGAGGAAAAAGACCAGUUUCUCCGGUUCAUACGCAAGAUACUAACUUGGGAUCCCGAAGUGAGGGCCAACUCGUACGAGCUCAUCCAAGACGAGUGGAUGAUGAGGCCUCCUCCAGAGGAAGAUAUGAUGCUUUUAGGGAACCAAAUGAGUUAA